AUGUCGAUCAGCCGCCGAUCGGUCGGCAGCGUCCACAGCUCCUUCAGUUUGCACACGCGGCUGGCCAACGUACUAGCAGAAGACCGACAGGACGCCUUCGACCCGAAUGCGAGAGCCAUCAAAGUGUGGGACCACGUGCUGCUGCUGAGCCUGCUCCAGGAGUCGUUCCUGCUGCCUUACUUCCUGGCGUUCCAGCCCGAGGCUGUCGGCAGCGUUUCAAUGUUCUUUGUGUUAAUCAUCGCGUGCGAAUUAGUAUUCGCGGUGGACUUCUACGUCCAAGCGCUCACUGGGUACUACGCGGACGGCAACCUCAUUCGCGACAAGAAGCUCACCAUUCGACGCUACGUGCGCUCCUCCCAGUUCCUGCUGGACGUUGUGGCCAUCCUGCCGUACCAGGUUCUCGUGGUGAAAUACCCGCAAGUUGUGGCGAAGCUGCUGUUCCUAAAGCUUCUGCGGUGGUCGAGACUACCGGAUUUUGUGUCGAGUCUGGACGAAUUCUACACGAAACAUUUUGUAGCUCUCAAGUUAUUCAAGGUUCUCGCUUCCACAGUAUAUCUGGCUCACGUCCUGGCCUGUGUACGAUAUAGCUUCGGCACGGAUGCGAGCCAUACCAACCACUGGCUACCGGCACACACAGCGCACCAUGAAGCGCCUCACGUGGAGUACCUCACGUCGCUGUUCUGGAGCGUCGGAAUCAUGACGGGGCUUUUUGAAGGAGAGCUGCCGCACCACAGCAUGGAGUUUCUCUUCACGACGUUAGUGGCGCUCUGCGGUUUCUCGAUGUUUACGACGCUAGUCGCAACAAUUUUUGUGAUUUCCAAGUGCGAAAGCGGUCACUCAGAAGCUAUGGAGGCACGGAUCAACCAACUAGUGCAUGUACUCUCCUUUCAUCGCGUUCCAGAGAGCCAACAGACCCAGGCUGUCGAAUAUCUCAAGCGCUACUAUACCGACGCAGAGUCGAAUGACCGUGAGGCCGCCAAGAUGCUGUGCCCGUCCAUCGCGAAUGACAUCCAAGUGGAGCUCCUGAAGUCGACGAUCGCCAAAAUCUCGCUCUUUGAUGGCUGCAGCGACCAGUUCGUCGUGGCGAUGACGAGUCUGUUGAGAAUGAUCGCGGUGCCAGCGCAGACAAUUUUAUUCUCUGCAGGAGACUACGGAGACGCUCUAUACGUGGUUCAGUCCGGGGUGCUCGCGAUUGUGGUCAAGUCCGUGACUGUGCGGGAGAUCCGAAAGGGCUCGUGCUUCGGAGAACUGUCCGUGUUCUCUUCAAUGCCACGCACCGCAACUGUCAUCUCGACGACGUUCUCGAUUCUGUACAAGUUGUCCAGGUUCUAUUGCGAGCGCGUUCUUGAAGGGUAUCCGAAAUGUGCUGCCGUUAUUGCUGCUCAUGUCGAGGACGUUCUUAACCAGCUCAACAGCAGUGAAAAAGACGCCAGCAACUCCUCCCCCGCCACUUCUACGAGCAUUUCAAGGAAGGGAGAUUACCGCCGAGUGUCCGUCGCAGCAGGAUGCGUAGAAGGAGUGUCCACUCUAACAAAAAGCAGUCAGAUAUCGAUUCCCAGGUCGAAACGAGAGGGAAGCGGGCGAAUAUCAAUCCCUUCAUCUGUGCCCGAUACCUGCACCGACACGGGAGUCGAAUGCAUGACCACGAACGAUGAUGGAUCUUUCUCGAACAGCACACUUGGCAGUGGCCACCAGCCGACGAGAAAGAGGACAUUGAACCCGUACGAUCGGCGAGAGGACCUGACUAAAACCACCGUAUACAAGCACAACGGUUUGUGGAGGUUGAUAUUGCUUCCGAGAUGCAUCGAUCACCACUCCCGUGCUCGCUUGUGGUGGCUCGUAUUGCUCUUCAUUAACCAGUGGUAUUGCUGGAUCCUGAUCCCGGUUCAAGUGGUGUUUCCGCUCUGGCAGCGGCCGUCGUGGAUGACUCUAACCGUCGACACCAUCUCGAAUGUCUGUCUGCUGCUCGAUAUCGUUCUUACCCUCAAGCUAUCAUUCAUGACCGACUCGGAGAAGAUCAUGGACCCCAAGCGCAGUGCACAGUGGUAUCUGGAAGGCAGCUUCCUCUUCGACUUGUUGUGCUCCCUCCCUUUUGAGUACUUCUACAUGGUGAAGUAUGGCCUCAUGCGGCUCCCACGCCUCCUGCGUGUUACCCACCUAAAGAAGCAACUCAGCGAGAUCGAACACUUUGUCCAUUUCAACAGCAGACGCCAACUCAUGCUGUUCGGGGUGUUGCUGUUCAUGCUGUUUCACAUCGUGGCGUGCAUCCACUUUGGCAUUUCGUACAUCGAAGGGUUCAAUCCGAACGAAGAGGAGGCCUGGAUCUCAUCCAUCAAACUGUGUCUGAGGAGAAUAAACGCGACACACUUGGAAGACUGCAGCGGCGCGGUAUUCAACGAGAAGAGUGACCGAGGGAAACUGCUUCGAAUCACGUCAUUAGAGUACUUUCGCUCGCUGUAUUACGCGGUUGGGGUGCUUGCGUCUCCAGGGAAGAGCGUGGAGCCCACGAGCGACGUUCAACUGGUCGCAGCGCUGAUUCUCAUGCUCAGUGGCUUUCUCAUCACGGCCAUUGUGGUGGACAACGUGCAGAAGCGCUUCACGGCCUCUGCAUUCGAGCAAAAGGAGUUUCUUGCAACAAGUACGCGCAUCCAGCUCUUCCUACGACGGCAGAAGGCCCCGCUAGCCAUAUACCAUCGUGUCAAGUCGUUUCUGGACUAUUGGUGGUCGUCUCACCAUGGCGCUGUGAUUAGUGAACUGUUGGCCGAUCUCCCACGACCUGUUCGCUUGGAUUUAUUGAGAAGUAUCUGCACGCCCGUACUGCAGACGCUAGCUUUGCUUCAGGGUUCACGCUUAGUAUGGAGCAAGUUGGAAGGGGUGAUGGUUGAGAACGCGCAGUUUAUCCUGUACGGCCAGGGUGAGAUAGUUUACAGACAUGGAGACUACGUGACAGGAAUGUUUUUCCUACUCGAGGGCGAGGUGUGCGUGGUGAAGAUGAGUGGUUCACCCCGUGAAAUACCGCGCGGGAGCUUCUUCGGGACAGCGGUGCUGACCCAUCAAGAGCGAGGGGAGGGAUACACGGAGCAUGUCAGUGCCAGCAGCGGCUGCAUCCUACUCUUCGUAUCUAGAGCCCAGUUGCAAGCAAUGGAAGUCAUCUUUCCCAAGCUGCGGGCGGAGCUUUUAGCACUGGAGCAGCGAUUGCUGAGCAACAAACUGGCAAAAAUGCACAUGAAUACACGGCGAGACCUGCACGCGCAUAGAGGCUCUGCCCCUGAAUUACUGCAAAGUGCCCUCGCUGGACUGAAACAAUCGCUCACUGCCGUGUACGAUCCGGACUCAAUGUUCAUUCUAACGUGGGAGACGUGGGUGUUCUUCGUCAUGACGGCGCAGUGGAUCCUCGUCAUGUUCCAGGCGUGUUUCCCUCUUACGGAAGGGCACAAGAACGCAGACGCGCUCAUGGUCUUUCUGGAGGUCUCGUUCGUUCUGGACAUGUACAUCCGCUCGCGCCUCGGAUUCUACGAGUACGGCAACAAAAUGAUGGACUUACAGCGGAUUAAACGCGCGUACUUCAAGUCUGGGACUUUUGCGUUGGAUAUCGCGGCUCUUUUGCCUCUGUACAUUGUGAAUUGGUGUGUUCCUGCCGAACAGCGCUGGGAUAUGCUGAAUAUCAACAAACUCCUGCGGUUAUCCAAGGUCCCCAGGCAGCUCUAUGCGCUCGAGACGAGAUACUUGAAGCGCACAACGGAGCUGCGUUUAUUCAAGCUGCUCUACUACACGUUCAUGCUGUCACACGUGCUAGGCUGCAUCUGGUUCAACUUCGCGUCCAAAGUGGCCGUGCCCACCUUCUUCAGCAGCAACAGCUUCCUCGUCACCAAGAAGACGGCGUUUGGUGACAACCACUGGCUGCCGUCGGAGCACUUGGAGCACGGGUCCAAUAUCUUGCAGUACAUGGCGUCUCUGUACUGGUCCUUUGGCCUCAUGUCGGCUUCAAGCGAGCCGGAAUUCCCCAAGACCACGGCGCAAUGCAUCUUCAGCGUAGUCACCAUGACAACUGGGUUCUUCCUCUUCGCCUACGUGAUUGGCAACUUCACGGACAUCAUCGAGCUCACGACUGCUGAGAGCAGGGACUUCAACGCCAAGAUGGGCGCGGUGCGGCAAAUGCUGGACCAUUUUCGGAUGCCAGAGGCUCUGCAGGAGCGCAUCAAGACGUUCUUGCUAUUCAAGCGCUUCCAUACAAUCACGCAGGAGCAUAUCCUAGUGCACUGCCUACCUCCGUCGCUGUUGACGGAUAUCCGCCUCGUGCAUCUGAAGCCCAUGAUAGAGAAGGUGGAGUUCUUGAGGGGUAUGGAGGGCUCCAUCACGCGGAUGCUGGUGUCUCAGUUCACUCAGGUUCUGGUGUCGCGCGGCGAGUUUGUGUGCAAGUUGGGGGAGAACAGGAGCGAUAUGUUCUUCAUCUUCACGGGCGUCCUAAACGUGAUGUUACCCCUGCGAGUUGCUGGUCGCUCCAAGCCUACGUUCAAAUCGGUUGUUGAAGGCCUUUUUGGUAAGAAGAUCCGAGCAGCCAGCGCGAAAAAUCGUGCUAGCGGAGGGAAGAAAGAGAAGAAAGAUGCGGUCUCCCCCACCAUCGCGCAAGACCAAGAACAGCUGAAGAAGGUGAACGAGAUAUCGGCGGGCAGCUACUUUGGAGAGAACGGGCUGUUCACCAACGCGCAGCGUAACGCGCACAUCCAAGCGCAGACCUCUUGCAUCCUGUACAGACUGUCACGCGAGUCUCUGGAGACAGUUUUCGACCGAUAUCCCGAAUGGAAACACAAGGUGCUUCGCAUUGCGAGCAUCCAUCGCGAGCAAGCUCGGCUUUUGCAGCUCUCUCGCGACGAGCAGCGACGCAGAACGACCACAACCAGUGGAGUGGUCUUGUCACAGGCGGAUAUCAUGAACGAGCGAGCCGAGCGGUUAAAGGAGAAGAUGUACUCGUCACGCUUGCAACGCGGUAAGAGCGUACACAUGAACCUCAUCAAAGUGUCAAGCCAACGGGGAGCUCAGCUGCUAAACCAAGGUGUAGUGAAGCCUUCUCGGAAGCUCAUUGAUGCUCUGCUUGAUGGCGUUGCAGUGCAAAGCGACGCCCACCUCCUCUGGCUGCGGUUCAUUGUGUGUUGCACCAUGUACGUUGCGAUCAUGGUGCCCUACCAGCUUGCCAUGGACCCCCUCGACCGUGAAACAGUCGCCGCUUCCAUCGCGAAAGCCAUCGGAUUGCAGUGUGAAAUUGCCUUUAUCAUCGACAUUUGGUUCAGCUGGCACCUCCAGGAGUCCCCCGCUGCGAUGGAGCUCUACGACCAGAACUUGCGCAGCAUGUACAAGAAGGAGCGGAUGGCCUUCGACGUCAUCGCCGCGAUCCCGUUCUACGGGUUUCUGUCGGCGUUCAAGUGCGGUGCGUGGGUCAACCUGCUGCGUUGCGUCAAGAUCGUCAACAUCACGAACUACUUGGAUGAGCUCAAUCGGCGCAGCGUCACGAGCGAGAUCACGCGCUUCCGGCACGUCGCGAUGCUGUAUUUAUUGGUGAUCUACUGGGCUGCGUGUGCCUACCUGGUUGUGGCCAUGCAGGCGGGUUUUGGCACGGAGUGGGAAGGGUGGCUCCCUUCUCAGGAGCUCGAGAUAUCGGACCCCGACGAUCCGUCACCUACUCAACUAGCUCGACGCUUUCUGCGCGGCCUCUUCUUCGCCACCACCGCGUUCGUCAAGAAAGCGAGGAACCUGGCCCCGGAGACCGCGUCGCUGUACGCGUUCCAAAUCGCCGCCUCAUUUACGGGAUUGAUCACGAUGUCGUUUGUGCUGGGCGAGCUCGCAAGCCUCUUCAUCUCGUACAUUGGGCUCGAGGUCAACUUCCGCAAGAACCACAUCGCCGUCGAGCUUUAUCUGACGCGCCUGCGUGUCAGCGAUCGGCUGAAGCUGCGCACGUACGCCUUCAUGACGUCGCUCUGGUCUUCCCACGCGGGAGUGAACUACGAAGAGCUUUUAACGGAGAUGCCCCACUCGAUCCGCACCGCUUGCGUCCUCCAUACGGCUAAGGAGCCCCUCGACUGGUUCAUCAUGAAAGUCAUCUCCCCCAUUUGCUGGGAUGGGGGCGAGAGUGUCAGGGCGUUCACGCUGUCGCUGGCUGAGCGUCUGCAGUUCGAGUGCUGCCCUCGAAACGAGAACGUUGUGACCGAGGGCAGCAUCGUUCGAGCCAUGUACUUCGUGAUCAAGGGCCACCUGCAAAUGCAAAGUCGAUCGCUGCUGGCUCGACCUGUGGGGCUUCGCGACGGAAGUUACUUCGGCGAGCGCGGUCUUCUGGGCUGCACCAUUAGCUCGUACACUGUUCGAAGCGUGAGGGCGUGCGAUCUGCUCUCUCUGAGCUCGGAGGCGUUCGCGCAGGUGCUCCAGCAGCACGCUUUCUCUCGUUUGGCGCUCCAGAUCUGCACCAGCGCGCACAAACACCUCAAGGCGCAGUAUCACGCCCCCUGCUCCAGAGUCGACAUGGAGGAUCGCUGGGGGGAGGCGCUGCUGCAUUGUGUCAAAGAAUUUCAAAGCGUGCACGAAGCGGCUGUGGCGAACACCAGCGCGGUGGUCUCUGCUGAUAGAGCUAACGUUGCUGCCACCCCAGACGCGUCCUUCUCCGAUAUCGAGGCACCAAGGCUCUCGAGUUUUUUCAGGAGGGGCGGCACGGAGAGCGAGCUCAAUCUGGGAGAAGGAGGGUCUGUCGUGGCUUGUGAGGCUCGUGCAGACGACUCGGCUGAGUUGCCCACGCGGCUGCGAGAGAUGUUCAACGCGCUGGACACCACCACGACCUGCUACGAGGCGUUCGCGGCGCUGCUCCACUGCAUGCUGCCUACUGAUCCGUUGGACUGGGACGCCACGUUUGCCACGGCAACGAACACCGACCUCACUGCGACGCUGGCGACGCUGUCAGCCUCGGGAUCGAUCAGCUACCGGUACCGCAGCGUGCUCCCAACCAUCGACACCUCGUUCAACGCGAAGGAAGAGCCUGUGGACGGACGACCACACGCACACCACGAGGAGCAAGAGCGCGAUCAAGUGGAUGAGACGGGGGAGAUCGAGGCUAGAGAAGAAGAGCAACAGGCGGACGGUGAAGCGGUUGCUGGCCCCACCAUUGGAGAUGCAAUGGCUGCGAUGGUCACAGAGGUGCCGGCCCCCGCGACUUCAGUGGAUCAGCGCCAGCCAACUCGUUUUCGCCCGACGGUGGUGCACCUCCAACCCCAGCUAUUGCCCCAUCGACUGGCUGGCCCGCACGUCCGAGACCUGUGA